AUGAGAAUGCAAAUUUCUCAAUUAAAAAGUAAAGAAAAGAAAUUAUUGGAAGAGAAGAAUAAAACUGCGAGAUUGGUGGAAAUUACUAAGCCUGUACAAAAUAUUUUUAUUAAAAAUAAUUUAAAUGAAAUAAAAGAAGAACAGAAUAUAAAAGAAGAAUUUAAAGAAGAGAAAAUAAUUGAGGAAGAUGAUAAUAAUAUAAAAACAAAAAUAUUAAAAUCACCAAUAAAAGAAAAAAAUAAAGAAAAAAUAUCAGAAUUGGAACAAAUUAAAGAGGAGGAAACUAAAAAAGAAGAAAAAGAACCAAAAUUUUAUGCUCCAGCAAUGCCUCCAAAGUCGGUUAUUGCUUCAAUUACUCGUUUUGGUGUUUUAACAAAACAAGAAUUAAUUCAAAUGAAAUUACUUCAAAGACAAGAAGAAGGAAAUAAAGAAGCUUUGCUAGAAAAGAAACGAAGAAUUUUGGAUCAAAAGGAAGAAAAUAAAAUCAAAGCAGAAAAGGAAGAACAAAUUCAAAACAAUUCAUCAGAUAUGUAUGCUACUUGGCUUCCACCUGAAGAUCAGUCCGGAGAUGGAUCGACAAAACUAAAUCGUAAAUUUGAAGGAAAAUAUUAG